AUGUGGCGAUCAUGCUUCAUUAAUCGAGCGUCAUUUGAGUGCAUAUGCAAUCCUGGUUUCUACAGUAGCGAUAACAAUAGAAAUGUUUGUGAGAAAGAGAACUGUCAAAAAAACCCAUCUUUGUGUCAUCUAAAUGCUAACUGUCACUCGAUUAAUGGUACAAAUACCUGCGUUUGCAAGACUGGAUAUCACGGCAACGGAACUACAUGCAUAAAAACUGAAUUUCUUCUUUCAGUUGAAUUUAAUGGAAUACAGCGAAUAUUUUUUGAUGGAAAACUUAAAACUGUUGUUGAAUUAAUCAAUUAUGGCCUGCAAUUUGACAUAGAUUGCAUUGAAGGGCGAGUCUACUAUUAUAAGUUUCGUAAAAUCUUAAGCGCUUUUUAUGAUGGUACAGAUAGUCGUUCAUUUAUAACUGAAGAAGAUAUCAGUGACUUACAAGGACUUGCAAUUGAUUCAAUAUCUAGACUUGUUUAUUGGCAUUCUUAUAAAAAGAGCGCAAUAGAAGUCGCCAGUUUAAACAAUCCAAUGAUGAGAACUGUAUUGGUGGCCGACGAAAGUUUGCGUUUUCUUAGAAACAUUGCUGUUGACCCAAUCAGAGGGAAACUUUAUUGGAUACUGAACAAUCGAUUUUCAUCAAAAAUUGAAAUGUCUGAACUGGACGGUACCGCUCGUGAGAUUCUUUUCACAUUACCAUCCGGACUAGAUGCCCAAACGUUGGCCGUGCUUCCCAACAGUGGGGAUUUAUGCUUUAAUUGUUAUGAUCGUAAACAAGGAUCUAAACUUAUGUGCAUAGAUUUUCAUUCGAAGGAGGUUAGAAAUAUUACGGUAACGUCAUUACGCAUAGAUAGAAUAACUGCCACCAACGAUAGUAUAUAUUGGUAUGAUGGCGGCAGCAAGACAAUAGAAGGUAUUGAUUCUGAUGGAAGGCGCCAUCCAAGUGUACAUUGUGAGCCAGGAGGUUACGUGAAUAAAUUAAUUGCUUUAGAAAACUAUUGUCCUCAAGGCAUCAAUCCAUGUCAAAUGAAUAAUGGUGAAUGUCCGGUAAAAACGAAGACAGUAGUGGAAACUCAUAAAAAGGCUGCAUCGCAGCCUAUAAUACCAAAGCCACCGACGACCAUCGAAAUGACAAACGCCCGAAUUCGGCGUCAGGUAGCCGAGGAAGCAUGGCGAAAUCGCCAAAGAAAUGCGCCACUUCCGCAGAACCUGCCACCCGUCCUAACAGCCGUUUCGGCAGCAAUCAGCAGCGCCGCAAGCGGCGGUAUAAUGUUACCGCCAAGAGCCAAUGCCAAGAUCAACCCUGCCGAGUAUAAGUGCAAAUGGCUAAGGAAUCCAUAA